AUGCUAGUUGCAGCACUAGCAAAUGCACUAGAUAUCGAGGUUUCUGGAUACGACCAAGAAGUUGUGUUGAGUGGUCAGGAUAAUUCUAAAAACAAUUCAAAUAGCCCACUUUGUAAAAAAGAUCAACACACCAUAGAAAACCAAAAUGAUUUGUACCUGCUUACAAACGAAUGUUCUAAUAUCGAAGGCUCUAUCUCUUUCCAAAAUUAUGUCGAAUCACAUAUCGACUUGGGCGACCUAAAGAGCAUCAAAGGCAACUUUGUCUUAGAAGAGAACAACAUGGUAAAUUCGAUCCAAGGUGGUUCGUUAGAAAAAAUCGGAGGAACAUUCAAGCUUUUUGAUUUGACGUCAUUGAGUGCUGUUAGCUUCCCACAAUUACGUGAUCUAAAUGUUGUUCACUGGAGAAUUGUUCCUAUAUUAAGCUCUGUUACUAUGGACAGUAGACUUCAAUCAAUUAAGUCGUUAAUCAUUUCUGACUCUUCAUUGACAACUUUAAGAGGGUUUGACAACAUUAUCAAGUUAGAAACUUUCAACGUCAACAACAAUAGGUACUUGGAGUCUAUUUCGACCAAAAUAAAGUAUAUCUCCAAACAAUUGAGUGUUUCUGCAAAUGCUGAAGACCUCGACCUUGAUAUGUCUGAUUUAAUCUGGGCAAAUAAUGUUACAGUGAGAGAUGCCAAUGAGAUCAACUUGGGAUCUCUUCAGUAUGUUAACCAAUCUUUAGAAUUUAUUGAAAACAAGGUUGAAGAAUUGGAGUUAUCUGAACUAAAAACCGUAGGAGGUACUCUUGGAAUUAUUGACAACAAAAAGCUCAGCAAAACGAAUUUUAACAAUGUUUCUCAAAUAUCAGGUGGUUUAAUGAUUGCCAAUAAUGAUGCAUUGACAAAGAUUGACUUUUUCUCGAAUUUGAAAUUGAUCGGAGGUGCUAUUCAAUUCAAGGGUAACAUCAAGGAUACUGAUUUCCCUAACUUGAGAUUGGUGAAAGGUUCCGCCGUUAUCCAAAGUUCUUCUGAUGAACUAGAUUGCUCUAAGUGGGUAACUCCAAACAGUGGAUCAUCGAUAAUUCGUGGUGGUAAAAUUGAAUGUGAAGCUAAGGGCAAAAAGAGUAGCGCCAGUGUCAGACAAGAUGGAACCGUCUUAGAUAGCGUUACCGAGGAAAAGGCAGAAGUCAAGGACAAGGAAACCAACGGUUCGACAACCAUGGGAAUCAAUUUCGCACUAUUAGUAGUGGCUAUUAUUGGUACCAUCCGUAUGAUUUCCUAG